CUGGAAACAUCAUUGUUACAUCUUUAACAGGAGCUCGGUGCAAGUGGGAACCUUCCAUGCCAGUAAGCAUUUUACCUGUUAUCUGAUAACUCUACAUAGUAAAAUGAAAAAGUUUCUGAUUGUAUUUGAUUUUGAUGAAACCAUCAUUCAACACAACUCUGAUUAUGUCAUCCUCAAAUGUAAUCCUGACCAAAAUCUUCCCGAAGAAUUACUGCAGCCUCCUGAGGAUGGACACUGGACUGAGCAUACGAGCAAGAUCCUCCGGUACCUGUGGGGAAAGGGUGUCAAGGAAGAAAGCAUGAGAAAGAUUCUAGCUGAAACCCCACUAACUAAAGAGAUGCUAACCCUAUUUCAGUUUCUUAGGGAGUCUUCAGAUUUAUUUGAAUGCAUUAUUAUCUCUGAUGCGAACACCUUUUUUAUUAAUAGCACUCUUCAAGCAAAUGGCAUAAGCAAUGUAUUCCAGAAAAUAUACACAAAUCCUGCAUGCCGUGACAGCACAAACACGUUUGUGAUAAAUCCUUACCAUUCUCACCUGUGUCAGGAGUGCCCCAACAACAUGUGCAAAAGACAGAUCCUGCACGAUCACUUGGAAGAACGCAGUGAAGAAGUUGAAUUUGAGAAGAUCUUCUACAUUGGUGAUGGCAACAAUGACUUCUGCCCGUCCAUAGUCUUGACAGCAACAGAUGUCGUCUUUCCAAGGAAGAACUACCCUUUGCAUCGGUUGAUCUCCGAGAUUAAAAUGGCAGAACCCUCCGCAUUUCAAGCUCAAGUGGUUCCAUGGGAGUCUGCAGAAGAUAUAUUGCUUUUCCUUCAAGAUUGUGCAGGGCAAUAGUACCACUCCCAAAUUCACAAAAGAGCUUCAAGAAGAAUUUCCAUUUUCUGGUAGCAACUUAAAUACUCUUUGGGGAGAAAUAGAGUAAAUUUGAUAGCUAAAAUGCAUGAUUUUAAUGCUUACUGAAAUAAGCAGGGCCUAACAAUUAUUUUCCACACCCAAUAUUACUAGUAACUUUAUGUACAGUAACAGUUGUGACCAAUGCUAAAUGUGGAUUGCCUUUGAAACCAAUGCACCUGUUCUUGUUAUAUAUAGAUUACUGGGAGCUGUUUGUCUAAUUAUUUGUGGAGAGAGAUUGUAUCAGGACAUGGUGGUAUUGUUUCAAGGAUAUGUCUCUGUACUUUCAAACCUCAAGAAACACUUUUUUUUUAGUAAUUUAAGUUUUUUUUAAAAGAUGAAAAACACAAUCUGGAACAUGUUUAUAUAUUCAGCUUUACAAACCUAUUCACCACAGAUUAAUAGAGCCAUCUUAUAUCAAUGUUUGGUAAUUAUUAUAAUCUUCCCUGAAUAUGGAAUGUUGAAAGGGGUAAAAUAUUUAGAUUUCUGAAGGGGAAAAUAUAAAAUAUCGUUCUUCAAUUUCCAUUUCUAUAAUUUGUUAACUCAGAUAUUAGUUUUGGACGGAGGAAACUGAAAUACAAAAACUAUUUGAAAUACCCAAACGAGGAAUCACUCAGAAAAGCCAGUGAGAUGCAUUAAUUAAAUAAUGCAUGGGUAACCAUUAGGAAUUUGGGAUUACUAUUGUAUAAUUCAAAGAUUUUAAGCUUUCUAUCGCAUUCUUUGUUUGAAUGGGACUUUUCACAAAAUGUUUGGAGACAGAGGAGGUCAUUCAGUCCACCAUGUCUCUGUCUGCAUAAAAAGCCUGUUCAGCCUCCUCCUGUUUCCCAGCUUUCGAUCCAUAAUAUGGCAGGUUACAGGAUUUCACGUGAAUGUCCAGGUACUUAUUACAUGCUACAAGAGGUUUAGAUUUAUUGUCAUCACAUGUACUCGCGAGUACAAUGAAAAGUUUACAACUCUCCACUUAUGGUGUCUUCUUAGGUACAUGGUACCUACAUGCACUACCAUUGGCUCAGAGCAGAAAAAUAUUAUACACUCUUCAUUGUCCUCCGGUACUUUUGUAUUUGAGUACACAUGACAAAAAAGUCAAAAGUCAAAAAAAACUCAAUGUUUAACAUUACAGUUCUUCUUACUGAAAAUUAGAAAAACAAAGAAAUAUAGUUAAAAGUUCAACACCACAGUCCAUAAGUGCCUGGCCAUUCCAGGCUAACUUUCGUCAGAAGAGUUUGACCUCCUCCUACAUUUAAGUCCAAGUGAUUGAUAUGUAAGGGAAGCAAAAGGGCCUAGUUCCUGUGCUCUCCUGAGAAGAGUUUUCCAGCCACAAAUAAAAUCUUGCUGCUUUAAAUCUAGGUUAGUUUCAUUAAACGUUAAUCUAAACAAGUACUAGACUGGAUUAUGACUUGCAUGACAUUCAAUUGUAUUACAACAGAAAUAAAUACAGUAUCAGAAAAUUUUCAAAUUUUUAUCAAGCUUGCUGAUGCAUUAUAUGGAAAAGAAACAAUUAGAUAAUUCUGCUGAUUCAAAAGAAAUUAACUGUGAAAUUCUGCAAGACCUUUAUGGAAAAUGCUAAAAUCAGGGAACAUAACACCUGCAAGUUGCAUUGGAAAGGAGAUGUUACUAAUAAAUUAUUUAAAGAACAUGAACUGCACUGUGCUGCUACUCUGGUGCCAGUACGUAAUGUAUACCAAUGACACUGGAUCUGAACUCGAAGUACGAAAAUGUCUUGAAUUAUACUGAUGUCUUCUGCUAAAAUGAAACAAUCAGUCAAAGUUCAGACAUUAAAAUAGUUUUGCUCUUUAACUGCAGCUGUAAAAUAUAGUACUCAAUAUAUAUCUUCCAGGGAUUGAUGUAUUUUAAGUUAAAAUGAUAAUUUCACCAGAUAUGCAGAGCACUACAUUGUCAGAGCCAAGUGGUACACACUGCAGGGUGAAGGUGCGUGAAUGCAACAAGACUAAAACUAGUUAGUUUGAAAUAAGUGUGAUGAUGUUUGUGCUUUCUUUGGCAGUUGGUCUUAGUAUCUUAAAAUACUGCUAUUGUUCAUCUGAUACCCUGUGUUACUCAUUACUUACUGAGGUGCAAAGUUUGUCACUGCGUAAAUUGGACAGUAAUCCUUUUUACCCUCUGUCCAAUUUUCUUUUCCAAUCCUGAAGAGGGGAGAGAGAUCAAUUGAUAACAUUUGAGGAGUUAAUAAAGGAAAUCCCUCCACAGAAAAGGCCCACUAUAAAUAAAACCAUAAAUAGUUACAAUGGUAAUCUGACUGCAGUGGGAAAACAAUGUUGUCAUGGAAUCCUAUGUUUGAGAUAAUAGCGAUUAAAAUUAUAUGCAUUCUUUUCAUUUCUGAGAGACCGAUGCAUCCAAGUUCAGCCAGGCUCAAUGAAUUUUAAUCCAAGCCAAGUUAACAUAAUUCAGAUCCCUCUGAACUUUUUGGGGGUCCAAGCUUUGUUCUGAAAUGGUUUAACACCUUUUUAUAAACACUAUUGUCUUGUAUCAUCUUUUCAAGCAUCCAUCAGCUCACAGAACUGAGAUUUAGAGAAACACAUUGAAAGUGAAAGGAUUCAUUUAGUUUUGUUAUACUAACCAAAACAGCUCCUGUAAUGUUGUGAUCUUUAUGGUUUACUUUUCUGAGAAGGCCUACAUGGUCAUCUUGGAGUAGCAUGGAUGUGGUCUCAGUGCAAUUAGAACCUGCUCUGGGAUAGAGACCCUGAAUGUAAAAACUACAGCCCUACAUCUCAGGAAGCAGCAGAGCUAAUUUGGCUAUAGCUACAUGACAUAUAUUUAUUUCUUGAUUAAAGUGUUUUAUUGUUGAUUUGUCAGGUUUAUUUAUUGACCAUAGCUGAUGAACAAUUUAUAGUUAUUAGAAAUUUUAAUUCAGGAAAUUAUUUCUGUGGCUUAAGGGAGCAAACUGUGCCACUACAGGUUUUUACCUUAGACAAUGAAUGAGAAAAGAAUAUGAGAAUUUAGUUCCUGUUGCAGAAUUUUGCACCUCUCCUACCCCCUUGCCCCCGCCGCCAAGCUUCUUGAAUUUCUUUCAUAGAUACAUCAAGGAAAUGAGUGGACGUGGAAUGGACAAAGUUAAAAAUCACACAUCAUCAAGUUAUAAACCUGUUGGACUAUAACUUGGUGUUGUGAUUUUUAACUUUGUGCUAAAUUAUGACACAGUUUUCAAUAUUAUUAUGUUUUCCACCAUUCUUGUCUUUGCAGAUAUCAAAUACAGGCCCAUUAAAUGCUAAAAUGCAAAAGAGUGUUGCGCUAAAUUGUCCAUUUAGAGAUGGAUUCAGUGGGCCACAGACUUAACUACCAAUGAUGGGAUGGGGAGGAGAACAGAAUGCUCAAGAAACGAUUAUUAUGUUCCCCUACUUAGGAAGUCACAAUUCCUAGUCCAUCAGUUUUGAAUUUUUGAUGCUGUUCAUGUAAACUUCCCAGUCAGAUAACUAGAUUUUAACACAGUUGUUGUCAUGCUAUGAUUACAAGUUGUAGUUAAAUUACUUUCAAAGGAUCUCUGAUGAUCUGUUGUCUGGGUGGAAGGGAGUCCUUUUGGAGACUUAGUAGAUGGAGUUUUAUUUGGAUAAAUGCAAGUUAUUGUAGGAUUUAUACAGUUAUAAAUAGGGUCUUGGCUGAUGUUGAAGAACAGAGAGAGCUAGAGGUUUAGGUACAACAUUUUUUGAAGUUUCCAUCAUACCUGGAUAGGAUGGUUAAGAAGGUGUUCAGCAAACAUUUGCCUUCAUUGCUUAGACCAUUGAGUAUAGGAGUUUGGUCAUUAUUUUGAGGUUAUACGGGAGGUCUUUCCUGGAGUACUCUGCCUAGUUCUGGUCGCCCUGUUACAGGAAGGAUAUUAUUAAGCUGCAGAGGGUUCAGAGGUGAUUUACCAGGUUGCUACUAGGAAUGAAAGGUUUGAAUUAUAAGUAAAUGCUGGACAGUAGGCUGGGCCUUUUUUCACUGGAGCAUAGGGGAUUGAAGAUUAACAAAAUCAUGAUGAAUAAAGAUAAGAUGAAUGCCGGGUGUCUUUUUCCUUAGAUGAGGAUUUCAAGUCUAGGAGGCAUCUUUUUAAGGUGUCAGGAGAAAGCUUGAAGAAAGACAAGGGGCAAUCUUUUCACAUAGUGAGUGUUUCGUAUGGAAUGAAAUUCGAGAAAGUAGCAGAUGCGGGUAUGCUUACAACAUUUAAAAAAAACAUUUAGAUAAGUACAUGAAUAUGAAAUGUUUGUUGAGGAGGAGAUAUGGGCCAAGCUCAGGGAGAUGGGUCCAAUUAUGGUCGGCAUGGACUGGUUGGACCUAAGGGUCUGUUUCUGUGCUGUAUGACCUAUGAAUGGCUCAAUCCCUUGUUUCAAAAAUCCUUUAGAUGAAGAGCAGGUACAAAUUUACUAAAGAUUCCCUCUUUGAUUACGACAGAGAGCUAACACAUGAUUACAUUUGAGGGCCAGUGUAAGUGAGGACAAAUUUCCCUUCAUUAGCCAAAUUACACUCUCUUCAGCUUCCAGGUUCCCCUGAAACUCAGAAUGCAUUGACAGUGUAAGAUAGCCAACAAGCAACAUGCAAUGUAUUUGCAGCAAUGUGCUUUUUAAAAAUUUAUUACAGGAAAACUUGUUUUGCACUGUCUAACAGUUUGACGGGACUUGAGUCCAUCUUGAUCUAGUAAGAAAACAAAUUAAUUUUCGUGGUGGUGGUUCUGCCAAAACAUGCAUUUUGUUCCUUUAAAGUUGUGCCGAUUCCACCCCCUAUUCAAUGAAUCUCAGCGGAGGCAGUGCAAUCAAGCCAAAAUGCAACUUGAUUUUAUUCUAGAAUAAUUUUCACUUCAAUGAUACAGAUUGUGCAGCUGUGAGUAAUAAUUUUAGCACGUAGUUCCUAUAAUGGUAAUAAAAGAUUGUAAUAUUUUCUCUUUGCACAAUAAACUGACAUUGGGGGGACCAGUCAAGCUGCCUGGUGUAAUAGCUUGUGUUUGUAAACAGUAUAUGAUAGUUCCAACCUUGUGACAAUCGUCUGCUUUUCAUUGGUUAUUAAUACCAUCUGAGAAAUUGAAAUAGAAAUAGAUGUGUGUAUUAUUGCAAACUUGAAGACAGAAAUGUACUUUUAACUGUGCAACCCUUAGCUAGACACAGUAAAAAUGAACACUUGCUUGUAUUUUUGUUAUAAUCUUUACCUUUUAGCUUGCUUUAAAAACUAAAUAUAAUGUAGAUAUCAAAUAGUCAAUUUGAAAUGUGUGCUUCUAAGUAACUCUGAAGUUCACAAGUUAGAUGUGGAUUUCCUUGAUAAUUUUUUUUGGCAUUUUUUUUGUGGUUUGGCUUGUUUCCACAAUAUAUAGGCAAAGUUCACUUAUGCUACAGCCAUAAUAAUUUAUCUAAAAUUAUAACUUGUGUCGUUAACUUUGAAACAGUUGAGCAAUUAAGCUCUAUUAAAAUUUAUUGUGAAUAUAAUUUGAAUUGUUUGGAAAAAUUUAAACUAAACCGCAGUUGAUUUAACCUCAAAUGGCACAGUGGUUAGCACUGCUGCCUCACAGCGCCUGUAGACCCGGGUUCAAUUCCCGACUCAGGCGACUGACUGUGUGGAGUUUGCACGUUCUCCCCGUGUCUGCGUGGGUUUCCUCCGGGUGCUCCGGUUUCCUCCCACAGUCCAAAGAUGUGCGGGUUAGGUGAAUUGGCCAAGCUAAAUUGCCCGUAGUGUUAGGUAAGGGGUAAAUGUAGGGGUAUGGGUGGGUUGCGCUUCGGCGGGUCGGUGUGGACUUGUUGGGCCGAAGGGCCUGUUUCCACACUGUAAGUCUAAUCAAAUUGAUUUCAUUUCAGAAUUUUUAAGUACUGUACAACUUUGCCAGCCAGUCUGUAAAUUAAGGAUAACAUUUUAAUCUGUAUAUGUGUGAUUCUUACCUUCAUAUACGUUUGCAUAUGGCAAAAUUUACAAAUGGCGACGAGAUAAAUGAUAAUAUCUAGUGAUCCUGUGGGUGAAGUGCACUUAUGAUGAGUGCUAGAAGAGGACACAACUGGACUUGCUGAUUCUCAUUAUCAAAAAAUUGAAUGUGGCGAUGACCAUUUGGGCCAAGAGGGGGAGGUUGAUUGAUGACCAGGCACCACCGCCCAGUGAGAUCUCCUUUAGAGGAAUCUUUUUUUAAAAAUUGUGAUAUUUGGAAAAAUAAACUAUUGCAAUGCAAAACAUUUUUAUAUUAGGCUUUCAAAUUGCCAAAGAAUUCACAUUGUGUAUUUUAUUCUUAAAUAUCUGAUACAAAAUGCUCUAAAUUUUAAAUAGGGAGAACUGGGAUGCUGCAGAGGCACUUUAACCAUUAAGGUGUAAUAAAGUUUAGAAUAUGGCUGCAAUUAAAUUAUUCUACAGUUUAGCAGUAAUUAAUUCUGGCACUGUAUGUAAGUGUAACAUUUUUGUUGACUAUUUGCUUAGAUUGAUGCAACAGACAUUAUUAAAAUUAAAUCGGAAAAAUCACUAGAAAUUAUAGAAUAAUUUAGUAAACCGAGCCGCUGAUGUGGAGAUCAUCUCAAUGUGUAAAGCAACUGAAGAAUUAGUUCAUAAAUUAUGAAUGAAAUUUAAUAUUAAUGUGAAAGAGGAAAAGGUUCUAUGGAAAUCUCAAAUGAUUUGUUGUUUUGGUAUUAUGUUGAUAAUGAUCCCUGU